AUGACCUCUAUCAGGUCACACCUGUUGCUGGCUGAUCCCGACCUCUACCAUCACCAGAGUCCAGAGAGGGAGAAGAAGCUGGUCUUCCUUACAGCUCGUGUUCACCCUGGAGAGUCUCCUGCCUCCUUUAUCUGUCAAGGUGUGAUUGACUUCCUGGUGAGCCAGCAUCCCGUGGCUCAGAUCCUAAGAGAUCAUGUGAUCUUCAAGAUCGUCCCCAUGCUAAAUCCUGAUGGAGUCUACCUGGGCAACUACAGGUGUUCUCUGAUGGGCUUCGACCUGAAUCGCCACUGGCAGGAUCCCUCUCCAUGGGCCCACCCCACACUGCACGCUGUCAAACAACUCAUAGUGCAGAUGAACCAAGACCCUAGAGUUACUUUGGAGUUCUACAUUGAUGUUCAUGCCCACUCCACCAUGCUGAAUGGCUUCAUGUAUGGAAAUGUGUUCGAGGACGAGGAGCGCGUCCAGAGACAGGCUGUCUUCCCCAGGCUGCUGUGCCAAAAUGCACCAGACUUCUCCUUUUCAAACACGUCCUUCAACCGAGAUGUGGUGAAGGCCGGUACUGGGAGACGGUUCCUUGGUGGCCUCCUUGAUGACACAUCCUACUGCUACACUCUAGAGGUGUCCUUCUACAGCUACAUGACAGCUGGCAGCACCGCUCCUGUGCCCUACACUGAGGAGACUUAUAUGAAGCUAGGCAGGAAUGUGGCUCGAACCUUCCUGGAUUACUACAAACUCAACAACCUCAUCAAGGACAACAGACCAAUUCACAUUCAAAGUUCUGAGUUGAAAUCCCACACAGGCGACAGUAAUGGAAAGGGCAAUGGUGUUGGCAGAGACACAGCAGACAGAGAGAGGGAGAAGAGCCAGGGUGUCAGGCACUAGACAGACGGACGCAGACUGAGCAUGUAUAAAAUGCGGAGCACCGUAGCAGGAGGAUCCUUCACACUUCAUUGCCUUUAGAAGCUCCACAUCUCCCUGGCUAUAAAGACUUAUUUUCACAGAUUUGUAACAGUGGGAUGACUGGUACUUGCAGGACUAAAAUCAGAACAAGUUCCCUCCUGGGUUAUUUGAUUCUAAACUAUAAAAUGUGAACUACUGAAUGCCAAGGGAAGACAGACUGGUUACGCACCUAAAUUCCAUCUGAGGCCUUCAUUGAGCAGCUCCUUUUUUUUUUAUGUUGUUCAUAUAUUGAAUAAAUGCAUGCUUCCCAUCUGUUACUGACUUGUUUUAUGACUU